AUAGGGCUUGCAUUGGCAGCCAUUUAUCAACAGCCAUUGGAUGCUGCCGGCCGAAGCAAUUAUAAGCUAGCCGGCUCCACACAUCACCACUGCUCCCUUUCCCAUGUCUAUAUAUAACGAAGUAUAAAAUUGGGUUGAUCAUUAAGGUAUAUAUAGAUAUGAGGCAAGCAGGGACAUACUCGGGCAUACUGUCGGGCGGGAUAUCGGGGAAAACAGGGCCUCAUUUGUUGCCGUUGGCAAGGAUCAAGAAGAUAAUGAAAAAGUCAGGGGAGGAUGUUAAGAUGAUUUCCGGGGAGUCUCCGAUAGUGUUCUCUAAGGCCUGCGAACUGUUCAUCAAGGAGCUGACGCAAAGGUCGUGGAUGGUUACCAUGCAAGGCAAGAGGAGGACGCUUAAUAAAGAGGAUGUUGCGUCGGCUGUUAUGGCUACGGACCUGUUUGAUUUUCUUGUCAAUUUGGUUUCUGAAUCUGGUCAUUCUGGGGAAGCUCCUCCUCCUUUGGAACUGGAUACCUUCACGUCUUCAUAGCUAUGGCUUUUAUCUUCUUUAUACAAAUAUGUAAUAACAAGUGAAGUCCCCAAAGUAAUUCUAAAUCAUUAAUACAUACUAGAUUUAUGUUACAGCAAUGAUAAAGUUAACUGUUUAUCUUUGAUGGUA